CAUAGUGAUAAAUUUGUAUUAUUGAUAAUAUCCAAUAUUUAUUUAAUUUUUAUUAUAAAAAAAUUAUAACAAAAGAGUAAACCUAAUGAUUUAUAAGAUUUAUCGAAAUGUAACUUCAUCGAUAUCCGAAAUAAUAACAUCGAUAUGUAAAGAAAAACGAUGAUCAAUGUAAAUUGAUUAUUCCAUGUGAGCGAAGGUUAACAGUUUUGAAACGAAAACAGGUUAUCAUGUUACCUUUCCAUAAAAAACAAGUAACUAAACAAAUACUAAAUAAAAUUAAUCGGAUAUUUUUAAAAAAAAAAUUUAAAAAUUGAAAUAUUCUCAAAUAUCAUUUUUUAAUACAUAAAUUUUGUCACAUCUUUUACAUGCACAUAGUUUAGGUUAUUACGAUCUCCGAAAUUUAUGAACAAUUUGUAACUUAGAAAGACAUAAGUGAAUUACGUAAUUUUUUAUACUUUAUUUCAUUUAUGUGGUAAGGAGUUAUUACUGAGGAAAAAAAAUAAUUUCGACUAUACCACAAAGUAAUUUAAUACUUAUAAAGAUCCAAAAUAUAUAAAAUUAAACAAAAAUUUUGUUAUUUUACUUUUAAUUGAUAAUGUUUGUAUCCAAAAAAUUAUUAAAAAGAGCUGCUCUUGGAAUACUUGGAUUGGGCACAUUAGCAUCUUUAAGAGCAAAUGAAUAUGAUUUGGGAUCUAUAGGUAUUGUACGACUAGGACGUGCUGUAGUUACUGUUUUUAUAAUUGGAAGACAUUAUAAAAAUGAAUUAUAUGGAACUAAUUUAAAUCCAAAUACCCAAGAAUAUGUUGACUUAAAAUCAAAAGUACAUAAAUAUGGAGCACAAAAACUCUUAGAACUUUGUUGUGCUAAUAAAGGUGUUUAUAUAAAAGUAGGUCAACAUAUUGGUGCACUAGAUUAUUUACUGCCACAAGAAUAUGUUAAUACAAUGAGGGUAUUACAUAGCUCAGCACCACAAUCAUCAUUUAAAGAUAUACUUACUGUUAUUAAAGAAGAUUUCAAGAAAGAUCCAUAUGAAAUAUUUGAAAGUAUCGAUCCUGAACCUUUAGGUACUGCCAGUUUAGCACAAGUUCAUAAAGCUGUAUUAAAAAAUGGUGGUAUUGUUGCUGUUAAAAUUCAACAUCGAUCAGUUAAAACAAAUUCUUAUGUAGAUAUAAAAACUAUGUCAACUUUAGUAAAAUUGACAUCAUUAGUUUUUCCUGAUUUUAAAUUUGACUGGCUUGUUGAUGAAACUAAAAAAAAUAUUCCUCGAGAACUGGAUUUCACUCAAGAGGGAAAAAAUGCAGAAAAAAUUCAAAAUAUAUUUUCCCAUUAUCAUUGGUUAAAAAUACCAAAAAUACAUUGGGAAAUUUCAUCACCACGAGUUCUAACAAUGGAAUUUGUAAAAGGAGGUCAAGUUAAUGAUUUAAAAUAUAUUCAAAAUAGUAAUUUAAAUCCAUAUGAAGUUAGCAGUAAAUUAGGCCGGCUUUAUAGUCACAUGAUAUUUAUAGUGGGAUUCGUACAUUCAGAUCCACAUCCUGGUAAUGUCUUAGUUAGAAAGAAAAAUAAUGAAGCAGAAAUCAUACUUUUAGAUCAUGGAUUGUAUGCAAAUCUUUCAAAUGAAUUUCGAUGGGAAUAUUCUAAACUUUGGUUGGCAAUAUUUGAUGGCAAUAAAACUGCAAUGCAAACACAUUGUGCUAAUUUAGGUGUUACAGAUUUGUAUGGGUUACUAGCUUGUAUGGUAUCAGGAAGAUCUUGGAAUACAAUUAUGGCUGGUGUCCAAAAAACUAAAUAUGACAUACAAGAAAAAGAAGAAUUUCAAAGAGAAAUACCAAAUUUAUUACCACAAAUUAGCAAUGUAUUAGACAAAGUAAACAGACAAAUGUUGUUAAUUCUUAAAACAAAUGAUCUUAUGCGUUGCAUUGAAUAUUCGCUCAAUACAGGAUCAAGAAUGUCAGGAAUGUUAGAAAUGUCAAAAUGUUGUAUACAUUCUGUAUAUGGAGAAAAACUGAAAUCUUGUACAAAUGUAUGGGAAAAAUGGAAAAUUUCUCUAUCUAAACAAUGGGCACUCUUUAAAAUAUCAUUAUAUUAUAUAUACUUAGGGGCAUUAAAUUUUAAUAUACAAAAUUCUGUUAACUCAUUUUUAAAGAAUGAAUUUUAUACUUUUUAAUAUUACAUGUUUCUAGGA